AACCCAAUCCACACGAGAAAGAAAAAGACGUCCGCAAAACUGCGAACAGCAUAUUGGUCUGCUGCGGCCGUCCUUAAAUCACAGUCACCGGUGGGAGGUGAUCGACACAGCCGCCACCAUCAGUCUCAGAAGACACCGAUCAUCAAUACCCACAAGCCCUGUUCGGUGACAAAAGCUCGCCGCUGUUUGGUGACUGUUAUUAGUACUAACAGUGUUGUACAGAUGGAGGACAGUCUUGCUAAAGAGCUGUACGGUGAAAGUUUGCAACUUUCAGAAAAUGAUUUGGUUUCUGCAUCUGCCGCCAAUGGUUUUGAUGAGGGUGAGCUAGAAGCUGAAGAUGGAUCUUUGUGGGGUGGUUCUGAUGAUGAACUAGAUAGAGAAUCUGAUUUGGACAGGGAAUGGCAAAGAAGACACGACCAAUUCCACACAAUUGGAUAUCGUGAUGGCAUCAUUGCUGGGAAAGAAGCAGCUGCACAGGAAGGAUUUAAUAUUGGCUUUAAGCAGUCAGUGCUUCUUGGAUAUAAAUGGGGGCUUGUGAGAGGUGUUGCCAGUGCACUGGCUUGCCUUCCAGAUGGGUUGAGAGAGAAGUUGAUCGAUUCAGAAGAAGAGAGAAACAAAUACCAGAAGUUGCAUGAAUCUGUAAAUUCUAUAUCAACUGGAGAUGCACUUAAGUUAUUUCAUGAUGAGGAAAACAAAAAGAAGAGUGUGGAUACAGGGGCUAGUUCCAAUGGUGGAUGCUUACAAGAGCAAAGCUCAGAUAACAGAUCUCUGGAAAAUUAUAUUGGAGAGCUUCAAUCACUUGUUUCUGAAUCUCCUGCAAUUCGAGUACAAUUUGCUGCAGACAAACAUUUUCAGCCAUAAUUUUGUAGAAAA